AUGGGCUAUAGUAAAGGAAACCGCAUUCAAUAUUAUCCAAAUCCCAACAAUCACCAACAUACAAACGUUGGUGUUAUUCAAGAAUCAAAACCGAAUCAAAUGUACUCUGUUCUCCCAACUGGCGAAAGUAAACCGAUUGGUAUUUGA